AUGAUAAAACAGAUGAAAGAGUUUAAAGAAGUGCUCAACGAACUUAAAAACUUUAAAAUAAAAGCUUUCUUUAGACUCCGAAGUCACAAAGAAAAAAAAAUUGGAAAAAAUACCUUAGAAGCUUCAAUUGAAAAGCUCAUUAUGAGAGACAUUCAGAAUUGUAAGGGAAUCAGACAAGAAGAUUUUUGUAGUCAUAAAACCUAA